GAAGCACUUCAUCCCACCUUCCAUGAAUCGGCCACAUACUUCGAAUCUCAAAAUACUACUUCGUACUUCGUACCGCCCAACACCCUCUUUUGGCCUUGCUUUUGUCUUUUCCAUCCAUCCCUUGAUGGCGAACCUCCCUGAGAAGUGAUUUCACCUCUGUCUCAUUGUAUCAUUCACCACAAUCGCGUUUCUUGCCAAACCGUCAAGGUUCUUGCGCCCUUGGUUGCAUAGACCCUUGCACGUCCCUCCUUGUAAAACCAAGCGCGAUUCGCGAUGGCUCGCACAAAGCAGGCCACGCCUCUCCGGCGAGAGCCGUCUUCCGAGUACUCGGGCAAACACGAUCGCCUGCCGCGAAGCAGAGAAGUCAGUGCGACCCAUGAGAUGGAGGAGAAAUCCAACGGAGUGGCCAAUGGCCAGGUUUCGGUUGGUGAUACCGCGCCUCGCGACGAGGCCGCAGCCCCCGUUGUCGCAAAGAAGGAUGCCGGCAUCGUCACCCUCAUAAUUGACGUCGCCGGUAUCUACGCAUCCUUCUUAACAUGGGCCUACCUCCAAGAAAAGCUCACCACCACCACCUACGGCCCGGCCUCCUCCCCAGAGCGCUUCAAGUUCCCCGUCUUCCUGCUCACCAUCCAAUCGCUCUUCGCCUCCCUCGGCGGCAAGCUCUUCUCCGUCGUAACCACCCCGCGGGGCCAGCCGACACCCCCCCUGAUCCCCAACCGCCAGAUCCUCUUCCCGCUCCUGCUCGUCGCCUUCACCAACGCGCUGGCCGCCCCCUUCGGCUACGCCGCCCUCGCCCACAUCGACUACAUCACGUACAUCCUCGCCAAGAGCUGCAAGCUGCUCCCCGUCAUGUUCCUGCACAUCACCGUCUUCCGCAAGCGCUACCCGCUCUACAAGUACCUGGUGGUCGCCGCCGUGACGUGCGGCGUCGCCGUCUUCACCCUGCACUCGGGCAGCCGCAAGCACAAAGCGUCGAGCCACAGCGGCCAGACCGCGUGGGGCAUGCUGCUGCUCGGCGUCAACCUGCUCUUCGACGGGCUCACCAACAGCACGCAGGACUACAUCUUCCAGAACUGGCGCGCCUACACGGGCCCGCAGAUGAUGGCGGCGAACAACCUGCUGGGGUCCGUCAUCACGGGCGGCUACCUGGUGCUCAGCCCGUGGCUGGUGAGCACGGGUUUGGGGGAGUGGUUCGGCAUGGACGUGACGGGCGGCGGCGGCGGUGAGCUGCAGGCGGCGCUGGGCUUUUUGGCGCGCUAUCCGGCCGUGUGGAGAGAUGUGCUCGGCUUUGCGCUGUGCGGGUGCGUCGGGCAGGUGUUUAUUUUCCACACGCUCUCGACCUUCUCGUCGGUCCUGCUGGUCACCGUCACGGUCACGCGCAAGAUGUUCACCAUGAUCCUCAGCGUGGUCGCCUUCGGCCACCGCCUCUCCCACAUGCAGUGGCUCGGCGUCGGCCUGGUGUUUGGCGGCAUCGGCGUCGAGGCGCAGAUCGCGCGGCGCGAGAAGCUGGCCAAGGAGGCCGCGAAGAAGGCCAAGAGCCAAUAACCCACCCAUUGCGGUGUCGGUUGGUUGCGGUGGUUGUGGUGGUGCGUGGUGGUGGGAGGUGGUGGUGGUGUACAUAUGAUGGUUCCCGUUCUGGUACAUAUUUUGGGUGGACGUCGAUAGACAGACUUGCUUGCAUACUUUAUUCGAGCUGGCUGGUUGGUUAGAAUAGAUUCGAUGAGCGGCCACGAUUGGUAGUAUACUGCGUCAAGGGAAGAUUCAAUCACAUUCACCUGGCGUCUCACAAAUGAUAC